ACACUAUCAAUCAGAUAACUUGUAUGAUCCAUAAAGCAUUAGGUUAUGAAUAUUUGGAAGCUUGGUGUUAUAUUCUUGAUUUAACAGCCCUACUGUUUCAGGUAAUAUCGAUUUUCUGCUUCUUAUCCUUUUGUCAAUGUUGUACAAUUCAACGUUCCCUUUUAUUACAGGUAACUGGUAAAGCGAGAAGUCCGCAAUUAGUAGAAAUAUUGAGAAGUCUAGCGGAGUUACGUGAUUUCUAUAAUUUUUCUUUGAUAAAUGACGCAGAGUACGCUAUUGGCGCUGCGAUAAGAGUACUCGGACUGGAGACAGUUUUAAAUCUGAUUCCAUUGAAAGUAUCGGACAAUGCGAUUAAUUUAAAAAGAACUUGGUUAUUACCAUUAUUGAAAGAUUGUGUGCUAGGUGGGUCACUUACUUUCUUCAUGGAAACAUUGCUACCUAUCGCUGCAUUGUGCGAGUAAGUAUUUUAAUCUAUCUUUAUUAUAAGAGUAUAAAUUAUCUUAUAUUG